AUGGGUAUCACGAACUGGACCUCAGAGCACCACUCCUUCGGCUAUGUGGUGGCCCUGAUGCUGUGGCAUUCUGUCGGCUUGGCCGUGGGGAACAUCGUGGCCUCCGGCCUCUUGCAGCAGGUGACCCCCAAAGUGGCCUUAGUCUGUGCGCUCACCAUCACGGGCAUCUGCGGUGUGGUGCUGUCCUUGUUGCAGGAUCCCGGAGUGGUCCUCAUCGCUCUUCUCCGUUUCGUGGAGGGUUGUGCGGCCGCGGUGCCCUUGGUGUAUUUGCCACUCUGGGUGGACGAAUUUGCCAGCAGCGAUGGCUACUGGAUGUCCGUGUUGCAGAUCGGGGUCUCGCUGGGUCACUUCUUCGGCACGCUCUGCGGUGCAAGCACCGCGCAGUGGGCGGCCACGGGAUGGAGGGCCUCGCUGCUGGUGCAGACCUGCAUCAUCACGCCGCUGAUUGGGCGCGUGGUCACCUCGCCGCAAGUGCAGGUGGAUGUACCAACCAGGAUACAGACCGCCCGUAUGGACUGCCUGACGUUGCAAGGGGCUGAGAGUUCAGGGCUACAGAAUUUGCUUCGAGAGAUGAGGGACAUGAUACAGGGGAUGAACAGAAAUCCCUUGACACUCUCGCUAUCCAGCACCCUGUGCAUAUUGCAUGCCAUUGGCGCUUUGUUGCUGCUCUGGUCUGCUCCCUACUUGUUCCUGAGUGCGGAUGCUCCCUCGGGUCUCUGGACGCAGAUCCUCAGCGCGUUGGUUUUUUCGAGCCUUCCGAGCCUGGGAUGCUACGUGGGCGCUAUCUGCUGUUCCAGGAUGCAAGGCUUUAAGGCUGGUAUGCAUGCCACGGCGCUACGGAUCUCAUGUGCCUUUGCCGUGCUGGCAGCUAUGUGUGGACCUUUGAACAGUGCGGCCGAGGGAUUCCUGGCACGUUUCCUGCUGCUGUGUCUCUGGCUCUUCUGCUGCGGCUGUUUGCUGCCCAUUUUGUGCGCCUUGUUGAUGACCUCUAUGCCGUCCUAUCUCAGGUCCUUUAACGCCACCUCCAUGUUCUUAAUGCUACACCUCUUGAGCUUCAGCGUGGCGCCGCUGCUGGUGACGUUGCUGAUGGGGUGCUUUCUCCGACCCGAGAAGGCCCUGAACUUCGGGGUGGCUUUGGCCUUCUGGGCCACCACGCCUGCCGCGAUCCUGCUGAUCUUCACCUACGCCCGGGAGCCAAAGAGCUCGGGGCCCAGCAGUCUGUCGGGCGUUGACGACCUGAGCAUCAGUGAUGUGAGCUACGAGCUGGCUAGAAGGCGAAUCAGCACCGUACCACUAUGA